AGAGGGUAUAUAACCGCCGGGGUAGCAGAUAGUCCUGCAGAAACUCGGUUGCAGCCAAGAAGCAGCGUACCAGUUUAUCGACAAGAGACUUCACUUCAACACACGCUUUGCAACAGCAGCCCUAACCUAGCGUCCUUCUUAGCCUGUGUAGCGCCCGGAUAACCACUUGGUAAAAAUGGUGUCCUGCCUGAAGUCCUGUUCUGUGGUGCUCACGCUGACCCUGUGUGUGUUGGUGUGCUUGGGAACCUUUGUCGCUGCCUUCCCUCCGAAGCCGGAACACCCCGGGGAUGACGCCCCUGCAGAAGAAAUGGCCAAAUACUACACCGCGCUCAGACACUACAUCAACCUCAUUACGAGGCAGAGGUAUGGCAAGCGCGCCAAGCCCGACUCCCUGACAGCAGAGCUGCUGUUUGAUGACAACUCAGAGACCAACGCCCGAUCAAGAUAUGACGACUCCUAUGUGUGGUGACGAUCCCGUCUUCCUACCCUGCUGCUAACGCCAUCCCAUCCCACCCCAUUCCAUCUUUGUGUCCGUCGCGAUGUCAAGGCUGACGCUGGAAGUGGCGUCAAUUUUAUGCCAUCUCUCCCUCCUCUCCUCCUCUCCCUCACUCUCUGUCCCUCUUCGACCAUGCUUCUCCUUACACAAAGACAAAUUGUAUAUAAUUUAUUAAUGAAUAAGACAUUAAAACAAGAAAAAAUAAAAACAAAUGUCAAACUAACGCACUAUAUCUGAAAGUGUAUUCUUAUUGUUUGUAUUGUAAACAUGCUUAAGUG